UUCUCCCUACCAGGCUCUUGCAGGAGCAGCUGCGAAGCAUGCAGGUGGAUCUGCUUUCAUCUGGACUGUGCGGCGCGGCAGUAAGAAAGCUUCUGGAGAUAGGAGGAGCUGAGAACCUGAGCCCCACGGGGAGCCUUUUUACAACAAAUGCUGGAGCCUGGAGCCGCCAAAGGUAUGGGGAGGGGGCUGAGACUCACGUGCCUGGUGGUGGCAUUUCACUCUGACUGGCCGUGAGCUGCAGGCACAGUGUCGGAGACGCUCUCCUUUCCAGCAGUGGUCCCGUGAUCCUGCCCUGUGGGUGGGUUCCCCCUUGUGCCUGCUCCUCCCUGUGACUCGGGGCCGUGUUCAAGGGGUUGUAAGAGAUGAGUGCAGGGCAGGCGGCGUCCAAGAGACGCACAGGGCAAUGGCCUGCGGAACCUCAGGGUGGAGGGGAAGUAGGGAAGGAAAAAAUGCUGCUAACAGCACCUUUGCUUCAGUAGCUUUUCACGAGAAGAAGGAAUCAAAGUGCAUCCCAGGGGUUACAAGGGCUUUUGGUGGAUACUGAGGUGUUGAUUUAACUGGACGUUUGUGGAAAAAUACUUCCAGCCAUUGCAGCUGGAUGGUGCGAAUUGCGCUCUCCUACCUUGAAACUUUUGCUUUGAUUUCUGCAGGAGGAGCAAUACAAACAAGAGGACAUCGUGAAACCUGAGUGUGGCCAGGUGUCUCUGCACCCCAGCCUUCAGUCCUGGGGGCCAGGCAGGGCUCGUGCCAGCCCCAGGGAGGGUUUUACACCCUCUGCAAGCAAGAGAUGACUUUUCUCAGCCUUUUCACUGCCAAGGUCUGCUCUAAGCAAGGUAUUACAAAAAUACCCCUCUGAUCUGCCAGCAAGCACAUGCCUCUUCAUAUGACACCUGGCAGCCCCUGCUCUGCCUCCUGCAUAGCAUCUCAGAAAGGUGAAGGAACACAAAAAAACAACCCAAAAUGCAAAUUAUUGCACUGCUGAGCUAGCUGCACAUGAAAAACAAUCUAUCUGUGAUUCCAAGCAGAGAAGCAGUCACAAAAUUGGAAUUUAAAACAAGCCCAAUCAAGCCCAGCAAGCAAAGCACUGUGGGCGCACAGCUCUUGGCGGCGUUGGGCAGCACCCGCGCACGGAGGAGCGGCUGUUUGUAGCCGUGGGUGUGCGGGUGUGUGGGCACGGGGAGGGCACAGCUGCCUUGUCUUGGUGGUGCUGGAGCGCUUAACAAAGGGUGACUGACAGAUAGUGGCUUGGCAAGUUGAGUGGGACAUUGAGGAAAACAGUUUUCAUGGUGAAGGGUGGAGCAGGCCCUGAAACUGUGUCAUGGCUGCGUUGAUGCUCAGUGCCUGGGCCAGGCUGCGGCAGCUCCCGGCCGGGAGAUGAACCUCCUGUUUCACCUGAUAGCCGUGAUGUGUCCCCUGCGUGCUGCGGGCAUGUCCCUGGUGCGGCAGAGCUGGCUGUUCAUCCAGCUGCUGGGGGCUGCGGAUGCUGCUGGGAAGGGGCCAGUGGGACUCCAAAACCCUGCCGUAGGACACAAGGACCUGGCGCGGUGUCUGCCUGGCCUCCAUCCCACUGCUCCCAGUGCCUCCAAGGGAAAAAUCACUCCAGAUCCUGAGAGGAACUUCGGGGAGAGUUCCUUUGUGUAAACACGUUAGUGCGUUAACCAGAAAUGGAUGAGGGCAUUUCCUGCCCUUGCAGAGGGCGUUGUCUUGUUAUUCUUCCCGAGUUUCUGGACAGCAGCCACUGUCUCCUGGCAUAGCUCUGUAGCCAGCAGAUACAUGCUCCAGUCUUUCAGGACUUGAUGAAUGUCCCUGCCCACAUCACCUUGCUCUGCACAACAGGGCUGUCUCCCUUGUUGGUCCCAUUCCUGGUCCCGCCCGAGUUGGGUUUUGCUGCACAAAUUGUGUCAGGCAUGGCCCCAGCGCAGGGAGGGCCAUGCACAGCCCCGGUGCUGCGGCUGAGUUGCCUGGGCUGACUCUGGCAGUGGGGACAGGUCUUCGGAGAGACUCUGGGGCUGGAAACUAAUCCUGGGGAAAUCCCAAAUGUUUGGGAGGUGGGAGGGGAGCCUUGGAGCUUUCCCUUUCCUGGGCUCCUGGUAUGGAGCGACCAGGUAUGUUAGAGCAUAUCAACCCCAGGGUUUUUUUUAGGCAAGACACUCACAAAGUGCCAAUUCCGCCUUGGCUCUCAGUUUUUUUUACAGCUGUGCAUUUCUAGAGAAAUCACUUUAUUGCCCAAUUUCCCAUAAUGGGCAAUUACAGAGCUGUGUGUGCGGCCAGGUAAUCCCCGGGUGUGCUCAGGGCACUGCCCAUCAUUGUGUCAUGCUGUGUGGCAGCACUGCUCCUUGGUCACUGUACCCAGACAUGCAUUUGCAGAGUUUUUUUAGGUGUCAGUGCUUCCCUGGGUGUUUGUUGACCCGCUGUGCUUCAGCUGUGAGCCUGCAGAAGGUGGUUUGCAGGUAGUGUGACCAUGGCAACUGUGUCUCUUUUCCCUAGAUUUCAGGGCUUUACUUCCCACAUGUGGCUAAGUUUCUGGAUGAGAGAAGCAGGUGCUGUGGAAAGUCCAGAAAUUUUGGAACAACGCCUGGCUGACCACAGGGAUGAAGGAGGCGGGGGCUGCCUGCACCAGCACCCUGGCUAAUUCCCCUCUCUUGGGGUGGUCUCCGCGGUGAGAUUGUGUCCAUUGCCAUCAGCAGCAGGUAGCAGGCCAGGUGGAGAGCCGCCUGACCCCGAUCCCUGGAGCCGGCAGUGGUGGCAGCGCGGGAGCAAGCCUGGCUGCGCAGUGCUGCAGGGAGAACUGGCACGGCCGGAGGCGUGAGCUCAGGUUACGCGUUGUACAGAAAUGAGUGGCGCUGUGGGAGCCUGACGAGUUUCCCACUUUCGGCAGUCGGGGCGUAUUAAAGGGGAGCAUCGGGGCUCGCUGCUCAUCCCAGCCGUGUCGCUGCCGCCUCAGCAUGGCUGGGCCAGGGGGUGACAGGGACCUGCGGCACCUGCUGAAGCUGCACCGCACUGAGAUCGCCAUGGCGGUGGACGACGUCUUCCCGCUGCUGCAUGGCCUUGCCGACCACGAUGUCGUCCCCGAGCACGUCUUCAAGGAGACGCUGAGCCAGACGGAGCGAGAGGGCUCCCACCGCGCCUUCCACGCCCUGCUCACCUGGCUCCUGGGCCGCGAUGUCACCGCCGUCCGCGACUUCUGGGCAGUCCUCUUCAAGGACUACAACCUGGAGCGCUACACCCGGCUGCGGCCCCUCCACAGCGCCUUCCCCAAAGAGGUGGACCUCGGGCGGCAGCGCCGCAGCCGGCGCCUGUCCCCCAGCCCCAUGGCACCGGUCCCACACAGACCCCAAGGCAAGAGAAAAGCCCCUGAGGAGCAGGAUGGGGCCCGCAUGGCACAGCCCUCGCCACGGCACGCUGCCAGCCCCGGUAUGGCGACCUGUCCUCCAACACCCCCAGGGCCCCUGGCAAAGGCAAAGACCGUGAAGAAGCCAGAGAGUGUGGACGCCACACACUCACCCCGUACCAGCAGUGAGUGCCAAACUCCUUUUCCAUUCCCUGGGGGCAAGCACAGCCACAGCGGGGGGCUGCGAGCGACACCCCAGGGCUGUCUGCCGGUGCCCACCAUGCACAGCCAGGACCCCAUGCCCCAGCAGGAGAAUGAGGACGAGUGCGCAGCAUGCGGUGACGGCGGAGAGCUCAUCUGCUGCGAUGGCUGCCCCCGGGCUUUCCACCUCGCCUGUCUGGUGCCCCCGCUGCCCCGCGUCCCCAGCGGGACGUGGCAGUGCGGCUCAUGUGCGGUCAAGCCGGGCCAGCUGCGGGAGGCAGAUGAGGUUGCAGAGAAGCCCCCUGCGAUCCCCGGGGAGGAAGAACGUGGUGCACACAUGGGCAGAGGCAAUGGGAGUGUCUGCAGCCGCUGCUUCACCAGGAUCCCUACACCCCAACACUGCCCUGCACUCAAUGGGAACCCUGGGGGGCUGCUGCUUUGCAGUUCCUGUGGGGGCACCCCAGAAAUGGGCAGCGUGGGGAGCACCGCAGUUGCUGGAGACCACGUGCAUCAGGCAGCAAAGGUCAGUACAGGCAGCACUGGGGAAACAGCCCGGGGUGUGGCAGCACUGGGCAAGGGCGUUUGGAGGAGGACACGAGAUGGGAGCGAUGAAGCUGAGGAGUGAUGGUUUUGACUGAGGGACAAGCAGCUGUAGCAGGAGGUGUUGCUGAAGCUGGGCUGGAAGGGAACAGUGCACUACAGGGCAGCCACCAGCUGGGCUGCAGGCACUGAAGGACUGAACCCAGCAUGUCACCAGACACGACCCAUCUCCUCCGCAGGCAGAGUGUGGCUCCUCCGGCAGUGACCCCGUGUUGAGCAGAGAUGAGCUCGACGCCCUCCUGGGCGAGGUAACUCAUAGGUGGU